AUGUCGCCGAUCGACGCUCAUGUAACACCAAAAAACGUAAACUGUAAAAAAAGAAAAAAGUGGUUCCUGUUACUGGUCCUGAUCUUUGGGGUUCGCUGCGACAAGGAGGACUCAACUACAGCCACAACUAUCAAACCUGCGCUUUCGUUCAAGUUGCAUCGACCCGCUGGCUUCAAUAAAAAUGGCUCCCGCCCCAUAAGCGGGGUAUUUGCCAAGAGGAAGCCCCUUUUUGGGAGCAGACGACUGAAGGCCUUGCUAGAAGAGCAAGCUACGAGUACCGAAAGUCAUCUGAACGCCGUGCCUGACUUCAAGAAAGCGACACUGGAGGAUCAGGCCGACGCCACGCCCCCCACUACGACAGUCUUCCCGCCACCGCCUUUACUAAGGCCACGUCCCGUGGCCAGCACCGGAAACGUGCCCCAGGUGGUGCCUACGGAACCCGACUUCAAUCCAAGUUCCUUCUUCACGGGUCGCAAGAAGGGGCCCGUUGUAAUCGUCAAGAGGUUCCCUAAGGGGCAGCAACAGCUUCAGCCCGAUUAUGACUCGGGAGGACCCUCCACUGGACCCUCUCCGAGCGAGGACCCGCCUGGUAUCCCGCCGUCUGCAGGACUGCAGAGGCCCGUUCCGAGACCAGGCUACGGUUACCAGCCACCCCCAGACUUCUACGGGGGUCCCAGUCCGUUGGACGUUCUUAGGGGAAAAGGUAUACCUCGGUUCUUCAGCCAGAGAGACAUUGAUUUUGUGGCGCAAGCGUUCAAGAACGCAGCAGCCAACGGAACCAUUCCCACCAUCAGCAUUCCGGCCUUCAAUGUUCCUACGGCUAACCAAACAAAACAGUCCGAACACCCUCAAAGUGCCACCAACUCUGGCAACCCUGAGAACGGCUACUCCGGACCCGGACGACGCGUGCCAGAAUCUGUUCUGCAGCAAGCCUACCCAAGAGGUUAUGAUCCGUACACUCCUCAGGCGAGAAGGCCCGAGCUCGCGCAGUACCCGGUGCCCAACGGGGGACAGAGCCCGGUUCCGGGGCCCCGCUUCAACGCGCAGCCGCCCGUCUUUCAACAACCUAACGGCGAGUAUAAGACAGGUUAUCAGCCGCAGGGACCUCCGGGUCUGAACGCAGGUCGCCCACAAGCAGGGGUUUACCUCAACGGAAUACAGCAACCGGCGUACCCAAAUUACGUCUCUAAUAAUGGUUACCCGAGAAACACCGGUGAUGACGACGGCUACCAAGUGGAUCCGAGGUAUUUCAGAGGUGCGUUUCCCAUCGGGCAGAACCCGCCACAGGUCGGCCAAGUUCAAUCGUUCAACCAAGCCUUGCAGAGGCUCGCAGGAAAUGGCCGCGUCCACGGCAACCAGCAACCCUUAGGUCAGGGUUCUCCCCAAGGCGGAACGAACCCUGGACUCCUCUACCAAAAUUACGUACCCGUCCAGAACCUCAAUUCUGCGGGAUACAAUCCUUCCGGUCUCGCGUCCUUAGCCGGAGCCGGCUACGUUCCCAACGGCGCAGCUGCGCGGGGAUACAGAUUCCUGCCGAUACCUAGCAACGACAGGCUGAUCACGAGUCCGGACGAGGCAUUCGCCAACAGCUUCACUCCUAACCAACUCGUCGAGUUCAGGGACGGUCGAGCCAUUCCGGUCCAACCCUCGUACAACGUCUACCCGGAUAGGAUGGUGCUAGGCUACCCUCCCCAGUCACCGCCGCCGGUGAAUCCCAAGACCGGAAGGUCGUCAAGUCCGACGGGGAUUCGGCGGCCGCUGUACCAGAACGAUCCUGGAGUCUUCAGGCUGGAAGGCGGCUUCCCAUUGGCCCAGAAGAGGGCUAGCUACGGGCCCGGUCGGAAUGCCGAUUUCGGAUACACGUCGGCAUCGCACGACAGCAUGUAUUCCUAUCGACCUGACGUCAUUCCUCGUUGCGCCAAUGCCAGCAAACAAGUUCCCUAUUGCCUUCAGGAUGACGAAUAUCCUCAAGCCGCACUCCACAUCGCCGUGGACCUGGAGCAUGGUUCGAUGCAUCGGCUGUUGCCCGAGACACCCAACGGAGCGGCGUCCGUCGACGCCUUGUUCCUGGACGGCGGCUCCAGACUCUCUUCGGAGAAGGACUCGAACGCCACGGGCAGCCUGGCGGCCGAGUCCAGUCCCAACGGGACAGUGACGGAACAGCUGCGGGACGACGGCAAGAUGUACGCGUGUCCGUCGCUCGUGCAGCACGCCAAGCCGCUCAGGGCCAUGACCGUGGACGGCUACUGGAAGGUGGUCGUGAACAUGGCCAACCCACACGGAAGAGGCGCCUUCCAGCAGAUGGUGCGCACCGAAGUCUGCGCAAAUCCCGGUAUGACUUGCAGUAACGUGGCAACGUCCUCCCGCUGCGUGCAGAAGUACAACCUGCACAGGCUGGUAGUGUGGACGCGACAAGAAGGCAUUCACAUGGACACCUUCAGAAUGCCAGUCGCUUGCUCCUGCUAUCUAGGCGCGAAGGAUAGCAAGCUCGGCCUCAAAAAGUCCUAG